AGAGGCAAAGAGGAAGCUGCCGUGGACUCUUGGGAGCCUGUCCAGGCCCCCGGGGAGGAAGCCCCUGACUGCCAGGAGGUGCCGGGGACGUUGCUGGGGCGAUUGGAAGAGGAGGGUUUCCGGGAGCCGGGGGAAACAGCCGCCCGGGAGGCUGAACGUGGCUCCGUAACGCAGCCGAGAAACCACGUGGAGAGCAGGCCCGUCCGUUCCGCUCCCCGGGGCGGGGCCCUGCUGUCCCACCAGCGGAAGAGCACCCGCGAGAGGCUGUUCGUGUGCGCCGUGUGCGGGAAGAGCUUCCGGCUGAGGAUAAAUCUCGCCAUCCACCAGAAGGGCCACGCGAGCGAGCUGCGGUACGAGUGCCCACGCUGCGGGGAGAGCUUCCGGGCCAAGCAGGCCUUUCUGCUGCACCUGCGGCGCCAGACGGCCGAGGGAGCCUGCGCCGCGCCGGAGGGGAGUGCCCCCCCAGCGGCUCCCGCCGCCUCCCAGCCCCGCCUCCAGCCGGACGACUGCUCCGGCAGGAUCCCCAAGCGCGUCAAGAGGCUGGCUCCCCAACCCAGCCUGAGCAGAUACCAGCCGCCUCGCGAGCCAGCCACCUACACGUGCCGGGAAUGCCUGGAGCACUUCUCCAAUAGGAAGUGCCUCGUGCGGCACAAACAGAUGCACGCCGGCUGCGGCAAGGGCUCGCUCAUCCUGUGCCCCUACUGCAGCAAGAGCUUCAGCCGUCCCUCCGACUUCAUUCGGCACCAGCGCAUCCACACGGGGGAGCGGCCCUACCAGUGCUCCCAGUGCCACAAGGCCUUCAACCGGCACCACCACCUGGUGGACCACCAGAAGAUCCACACGAAAAGGGAGCGGCCGUAUGAGUGCGGCGAGUGCGGGAAGGCCUACAUCCGCCGGCAGCACCUCCUCAAGCACAAGCACAGCCACAGGGAGACAAAAUCCUAACAGGCAAGGAGCCAGGCAGCAGCUCCACGGAGGGGCCAGGCGGGCAGCCCAGAGGGGGCUGACCGUGGAAGGCUUCCUGGCUGAAUAGUCACCCGACGGCGUCCUCGCUCAACGCCGGGGCUGUGCAGGGGGAGCCAGGUUGAGGACCGGUCAUUGAUUUGUAACAACCUGGGAGACGAGGGUGUUGCCUUGAUUUCACCUCCUCCUGCUGGGGUAAAGCAGGCCACGGUGCGUCAGUGCAGAGGGGAACAUGGGCAUGAUGGUCCAGGCAGCUUUGUUCCUGGAUAAGAGGUUGCAAGAAAACGCCCGGCCACGGCGGCAUGGCCCGAUCGCAGGGGAACGAACGGGCAGCACGUGAAUAUCAAAGUGAAAAUCCGGUUUCAGUGGGACACUACCGGGUGGGGGAGGGAGGCGUGGGCCACGGGCUGCUUGCUGCCACGGAUCAGCAGCUCCUGAGAACAGCUUUGGAUCCACGUCGGUGUGUAAACAGACU